GCUAUGAGGCCACAACAGGAAAAUUUCUAAUUAUGAAAGCAGUGUAGUAGCUGUCAAAACGGCGGGUUUAAAGUGUUGACAUGCAUCGUUGUGACCGGGUGUAUAAUUUAUUCUGUGUAAUGUUUGUAAAUAUUGUGUUAUAGUUUUUGACAGUAUUACCUGUCAUUCGACAGAGUUAAAUAGAAUCCUGAGACCACUGACAAAGAAGUGGAAAUAUUGCACCAAGGGUUACUGAGUCUGAUUUUUGUGUUACGCAACGCAAGAAAAACGAGCAAUUCCUGGUUAUCUGCAAAGGUUGGAAUUAAAGAUUGAAGAUGAGAGUCUUGAUAGAAGAAAGGGAGAACUGGAGUAAGAAGUUGGAAUUUAUUUUGGCAGCUAUCGGCUAUUCUGUCGGUCUUGGCAAUGUCUGGAGGUUUCCAUACCUGUGUUUUGAAAGCGGUGGAGGAGCAUUUUUGAUACCAUUCUUCCUGAUGUUGGUACUUUGUGGAGUACCAUUGUUGUAUAUGGAGCUAUCAAUUGGCCAGUACACUCGACAGGGACCAGUAGGAGCCUUGGCAAAGAUUUGUCCACUAUUUAAAGGAGCUGGUCUUGCAACUGUUGUAAUAUCCUUCCUGUUCACGACCUACUACAACGUCAUCAUCACAUGGGCGUUUUAUUACCUGUUCAACACCUUCAGAUCUGUGCUGCCUUGGAGUUAUUGUGAUCCAGAGUGGGCGUCGCCUAACUGCUGGGAUGGAACUGGAAAUACGACCACAGUUUGGAGAAAUGUUACUGUAGGCGGCAUGACCGUCUUAAAGAAUUUCACAGAAGUUGUGCGACCCAAUAAUAGUGUAUCAGUUACUGAAGAUUUUUAUGCAUCUAAGGUUCUAGGCAAGACUUCGGGUAUUGAUGAACCAGGGGUACUGAAGUGGGACCUAGUCCUGAUACUGUUACUAUGUUGGGUCAUUGUUUAUUUCUGUAUAUGGAAAGGACCUAAAUCUACUGGAAAGGUUGUGUAUUUUACUGCGACAUUCCCAUAUCUUGUAUUACUGGUAUUGUUGGUUCGUGGACUGACCUUAGAGGGGUCAUACAAAGGUGUGAUGUACUUUAUAAAUCCCAAGUGGCACCUUCUUCUAGAUGCUAAGGUUUGGGUGUAUGCUGCGGCACAGACCUUCAAUUCUCUUGGAAUAGCGUUCGGUGGUAUUAUUACUAUGUCAAGUUAUAAUAAAUUCAACAAUAAUAUCUUGAAGGACGUGUUGACUAUAGCAGCAGUUGAUGCUAUCACAUGUAUUUUGGCAGGAUUUGCCAUCUUUUCCACUUUGGGAUUCCUGGCACAUAAUCAGGGUAAAGAAGUUGAAGAUGUCAUUAGCCAAGGUCCUGGAUUGGUCUUUAUCAUAUACCCAGAGGCCUUCAGUACCAUGCCAGGAUCAUCUGUGUUUGCUUUUGCCUUCUUCUUCAUGCUGAUUUUACUAGGAAUUGACAGUCAGUUUUGUUCAACAGAAGUGAUAGUGACAACCAUUUAUGACCAUUUUGGAUAUUAUGUGAAGAAGUAUCUGAAGCGUAAAGAAUUUCUAGUCAUCAUUGUCUGUUCUGUAUCAUUCCUGUGUGGACUUCCUAAUGUUACUCAGGGAGGUAUAUAUUUCUUCUCAUUGAUAGACCACUAUGCUGCGGCUGUGUCAUUGAUGUAUCUGGCUUUCUUUGAAGUUAUAGCUAUAACUUGGUUCUAUGGAGCUAAACGUCUUGCUAGAAAUAUUGAAGAAAUGAAUGGCAAACAACCAAAUAUUUUCUUCAUUGUAUGUUGGUAUUUCAUCUCACCUAUCUUUAUAUUUGGUAUAUGGUUGUUUAGUAUGAUCCAGUACCAACCUUUUAAGAUGGACGGGUAUGAGUAUCCUCCGUGGGCUGCUGCACUGGGAUGGUCAUUAGCUAUCAUGUCUAUCAUAUGUGUGCCUGCUGGUAUGGUCCACUCUAUCUACUAUGCUAAAGGAGACACCUUAUUGGCGAAGUUUAAAAGUUCUUUGAAGUCUACCUUACCAGAUGACGAUCAAGGACAGUACCCACCACUACACGUAAAUGGAAACGGAGAUGUUCCUGUACAGAAUGGUGUUACAGAAAAGUACAUAUAUAAAGGGGACGUAGAUAGCAUGGAGAAAAAUGAUAUAAAUACUCCUAUGUGAUUGGUGCAGAGUAUUGCUUGACCUAUUGGCUAAGGUCAUGUGUAUUUAGAAUUUAUGUAACAAUUUUUUGACAGAGUUUUAUUUUGUAGGAGUAAUUUCAAAAAGAGAACUUGCUUUAGAUUAUACAUAAUUGUAGACAAGAAAAAAGAUUGUGUUUAUUGAGAAAUCAUUUUACAAUUAUUUAUUAUUAUUUUUUUUGAAAGUAGAAAGUCUGAAAAGAGAACUUAAAUUACAUUUUGUAUAUACAUCAUGGAAGCAGAGACGAAAAAAUAAAGAUUUUCCAGCAGGCCAGUGCUUAAAUGCCUGGAAAAGAUUUUUCACUUUACAUAAUCAGACAGGAGGGUAUGAUGUGUCUGUAUAUUUAUAUUGUAUUUCUGUGUGUUAAAUUGUAUUUAUUUCAUUAUUGGGCUAUUGCUUAAAUAAGAUUUAACAUAAGAUUUCUGUAGUAAAUUUUGUAGCUUUUAAGAUAUCAUGAUGCCCAACAUUUUUCUAUCAACAUACUCAUUGAGUCUUUUAUUUUCUCUGUGGAACCAAAUUUUUGUGAUUUUCAUCUAAAUUUUCAACCUUUUUUAUAUUUUUAGAAACAAAACUGCAAUAAAACUUCAUAUUUUUUGAGGUUUUAUCUUAAAUCAAAUAAUUAAUUGUGCUGCUUUAAACUAAUUAUAAUUUUUAAAAAAGCUAAGUAAACCUAUUGGUCACUGCUGGUCAGUAGCAUUUUUAAAUUUUAAUCAUACCUGUCUUUGUAAAUACAAUAUUUGAAUAAGACCUGACAAGAUGUGAAAAAGUAAUCAUGCUUGCUCCUAAAGUUUUCACAGUUGGAGUUUUCUACAAGAGAGCCUUUACUUUUGUAAUUACUGUUUAUAAUGUAUUUUAUGGCAGGUUUGCAUACAGUAGACAUUUUUAAGUGGUCAAGCAAAGUUAGCCUUUUUGAACUAUAUAUAUAUAUAUUUUGAAAAUUAUAAGUUAUUCAAUUUUUGUAAGGUCAAGUGAUAUUCUUAGAGUUUAAUCUAAUUGCAGAUGUCUAUUUAGACAGUGCCACUUUAUAUUUUAGAUAAUAGUUUUGCCUUAAGUUGUUUUGAUAAAGACACUUUAAUUAUAUAACAAUUGAGAUUAUUAUAAUUUUAUGUUCGAUAUUGAAUAUCUAUUUAGAUCUGAACUGUUCAAAAGAUUAUCUCAGAUUGUACUAGGUUUUUUUGUGAUUUUGAAAUGUUAUAUGUUACAAAACAUAAUGUUGUGAUGUUUGUUUUGUUUUUCCCAUAUUGUUCUUUGUUUUGCAUUUGAACAGAAGAAUUCUCUGUCAGUUCUGCAAUUAUUUUUUUGGUAAAUAUAUUGAGUAGGUAAAUUUUGUAUACAUGUUUUAGGGUGAAAAAUUACCCAUUUUUAAAGAAAAAUGUAUCAAGUCAAUAUUUUUAAUAUGAUCAUAUCUAGUUAUAAAUGUUAUUUCUACAUGGUGAUAUCAAGUUGUAAACACUUAUUUUUGACAUGGUAAAAUCAAGUCAAAUUGAUAUUUUCUACAUGAUCAUAUCAAGUUAUAAAUAAUUUUAUAAUUUUCUACAUGGAGAUAUCAAGUCAAAAAUGUUAUUUUAUACAUUGUGAUAUCAAUCAUAUAUGUAAUUUUCUACAUGGAUAUAUCAAGUCAAAAGUGUUGUUUUCUACAUAAAGAUGUCAAGUCAAAAAUCUAAUUUCCAAGGAGAUAUCAAGUCAAAAAUGCUUUUUUCUACAUAAAAUACCAAGUCAUCACUGGUAUUUCCUACAUUCUUAAAUCAAGUCAUAAAUAUUUUAUUUUACAUGUAGAUAUCAAGUCAAAAAUAUUAUUUCCCACAUGAAGAUAAGUCAUCAGUUUUAUUUCAUAAGUUGUUAUAUCAAGUCAUUAAUGUUAAUAUAUUCUAUAUAGAGAUAUCAAAUUAAAAAUGUUAUUCUCUACAUAGAGAUAUCAAUUCAUAAAUGUUUUAUUAUACAUGGAGUUACAAGUCAAAAAUGUUAUUCCCUACAUGUAAAUAAGAAAUCAGUGUUACUUCCUACGUUGGGAUAUCAAGUCAUAAGUGUAAUAUUCUAUAUGGAGAUAUCAAGUCAAAAAUGUUAUUCUCUUCAUGGAGAUAUCAAGUCAUAUAUGUAAUUCCCUUCAUGUAAAUAAGAAAUCAGUGUUACUUCCUGUGUUGGAAUAUCAAGUCAUAGAUGUCAUUUUUGGCAUAGUGUAUCAAAUUAUAAAUGUCAUGAUUUAGCAUGUUCAAAAUGUAGCAUAGCAUAUCAGUGAAAUACAAAACAAGCUUCAAUUCUUAUAUCAAAUUAACAUGUUCUCAUCUAGAAAUGCAUGUUAUAUUUGUCACUGGAUGUCGCAGCAACUAAAAACCAUCAUUAAGGUGUUACCUAACACUACAGGGAGAUAACUCUGUAAAAUCAGCUAAACGGUUUAUUUACGUUGUGUUGUUCAGGGAAUAUUAAGCUUCUCAAUGAUCAAAAUUAGUGUUUGUCAAACUGCUAUAUAACCCGUGUAAUUUUUCUGAUAAAACGGUUGGUUCAAAUUUUCUAAAAUUUUUAUAUUUUUGUCAAUGGGUCAAAGUAAGUACUUUGUAAAAAUUUUAAGAAAAUUAAACGAGCCAAAUUAAUUUUAGUCAAAGUGUUGGGUACCACCUUAAGCAGUAAGAGGUAAAAAAAUGUUUGAUAAUUAUAGAUAGUUUUGACAGGGAGGUCAUGUUUUGAUCAUUGUAGUAAUUAAAAUUAUGUUUUUUUCAACCUUUUCUAAGAAAUUACCAAUAAAAACCAAGAAAAUAAGUACUUUACAAAUAAAAAUGAUUCUACAGUACAACUUUGAUAGUAUUAUUGCAUAACUUUAAUAUUUGUGUCUUACUUCAAGGUGAAAACAAUGAUCUGUUGUUAUUGUUAUACAUUGUACUUAAAGUAUAUAUUAGCCUUUGGCAAUAUGAUAUUGUGAUCUGAGAGUUUGAUUUUAUAAAUAGCUAUAUGUUUGUGAGGUUAUGUAUUGAUUGACAUUGCCAUGAUUUAAACAUAUUUGAAUGUUCCAUAGAAUUUUUGGGAAAAAAUACAUGAUUAACCCUACAUUUCUGCAAACUUAAUGUAUAACAGUUAUAUGGAUAUUUCAGUUUGAAGUUGCUUUUCAUUCUUUUUGAAAACAUUGAAGGAACAACUUUCCCAUUUAAGGUGUUGGUUUACCUGGUCAAAACAUUUUUUUUUCAAAUUGAUUUUUAUUAUUAUUAGUUGGAUACCAUUUUUUGUAGUAUUCGUGUAUAAUGGUGAACCACGAAAUUGAAAUAUUCAACAAAUUACAUAUUUUCUAUAGCCUGUGUAUACAGUGAUUGAAAAACCUUGAAAACUUGUAUCUAUGAAAACUCAAGUUUUCUUCAAUCCACGAAAAUUUAUACACACAAAAAUUGAAUGAGUCCACAGUAGUAUCAGAUUUUAGUUAAAUAUAUAGUUAAAUCAUUUCACAAAUAUCAAUUUGCAUGCUUUUAUA